AGGAUAAACAUGCUUCGGGGAGCCACGGUAUUUUCCAAACUAGAUCUGCGGUCCGGAUACUGGCUGAUACGAAUGGCGGACAAUUCCAUCCACAAAAUUGCCUUUCAAACUCGAUACGGGUCGUACGAGUACCUCGUAAUGCCGUUCGGACUCACCAACGCACCAGCAACGUUCCAAGCUGAAAUGAACCAUAUUCUAUGCCCACUCUUGGAGGAAUGCAUAGUGGUGUACCUGGACGACAUCCUCAUCUAUUCGCGCGACAUGCACCAACACGUCCAACACCUACGACGCGUCUUCGACAUUCUCCGACGAGAACGAUUCUACGUCAAGUUAUCCAAGAGAGAAUUCGCCCUCGAGAAAGUCCAAUUCCUAGGACACAUGGUGAGGGCUCAAGGAGUUCACGUCGACCCCAAGAAGAUCAAAGCCGUACGCACGUGGAAGACACCCGAGAACGUGACUGAGUUGCAGCAGUUCCUAGGCUUCGCGAACUAUUACAAUAGGUUCGUGCCACAGUACGCAAAAAUUGCAACGCCACUCACAAAUCUGCUGAAGAAGAACACGCCCUAUAAGUGGGAUCCACGCCAUCAGGAAGCCGUGGAGCAGCUGAAACAAGCACUCCCAUCCGCACUCGUACUCAUGUUGCCAGACCCCAAACGCGACUACGUCAUCGAAGCUGACGCUAGCGACCAGGCAGUGGGAGCAGUCUUGAUGCAAGACUAGGGGAAUGGACUGCAACCAAUC